AUCCCAAAAACCCUGCCCCCAGCCACUCCCCACCAAAGCUGCCAAAAAUCCCACCUUUUUACUUCCAAACUCUUGUCCUCUGCGCCUCACUCCGAGUCUUCUUCAUCUUCCUCCAAUGGCAUAUUCUCCUCUUCUUUUCUUCUUCCUCUCUCUCUUCUUCUCCUUCUUCUCGGCCUUCUCCUCGGAGUCCUCCGACGUCCUCCUCCUCCUGGAGAAGAUAAAGCCGGCGCUCCAGGGCCGCUCGUCGGCGGAGAACCUUCAGCUCUCGUCCUGGAACACCUCCACCCCGCUCUGCCUCUGGCGCGGCCUCCAGUGGACCUCCUCCGCUGGCGCUUCUCUCAACUGCAACGACUCCGCCGUCCGCUCCAACCGCUCCCUCGCCAACGAUUCCUCCCUCCAGCUCCUCUCCAUCCGCCUCCCCGCCGCCGCCCUCGCCGGAUCCAUCCCUCCGGAGAUUGGGGACCUCUCCUCUCUCCAGUCCCUCUACCUCGGCGUCAACUCCCUCUCUGGCACCCUCCCUCUCGAGCUCGGUAACUGCCCCUCCCUCGCCGAAGUCGACCUCUCCGACAACUCAGUCUCCGGCUCCCUCCCUCCCUCCAUCUGGAACCUCUGUGACCGCCUCGUCUCCCUCCGUCUCCACGGCAACAACCUCUCCGGCGCCGUCCCCGACCCCGCCGUCCCCAAUUCCACCUGCGACCGCGUCCAAGUUCUCGACUUUGGCGCCAACCGCUUCGUAGGAGAGUUCCCCGAGUUCAUCACCGGCUUCCGUGGCUUGCAAGAACUCGACCUCGGGAGCAAUAGAUUCUCCGGGCCGAUACCGGCGUCGCUCGCCGGGCUGAGAAACCUGGAGAGAUUGAACCUUUCCUACAAUAACUUCACCGGGGCGUUGCCGGAGGCCUUCGGGCAAUCCAAGUUCGGCGCGGCGGCGUUCCAGGGGAACCCCGGGCUGUGCGGGGCGCCCCUGCGGAAAUGUGGCUCGCGCUCCGUCCUGAGCUCCGGGGCGAUUGCUGGGUUGGUGAUCGGACUGAUGACGGGGGCUGUGGUCCUCGCAUCGGUGUCUAUUGGAUGGGCGCAGGGGAGGAAGAAGAAGAACAGGGGAAGGAGGGCAGAAGAGGAGGAGAUGGAAAUGGAGGAUGGCAACAAUGGUGGUGAGGGGAAACUAAUAGUGUUUCAGGGCGGUGAGCACUUGACGCUGGAGGACGUGCUGAACGCCACUGGCCAAGUGAUGGAGAAGACCAGCUAUGGGACUGUGUACAAGGCUAAGCUUGCCGAUGGGGGCACGAUUGCUCUUCGGCUAUUGAGGGAAGGCAGCUGCAAGGAUGCGGCUUCGUGCUUGCCCGUCGUCCGGCUGCUCGGUCGAGCACGGCAUGAGAACUUGGUUUCCUUGAAAGCCUUCUACCAGGGGAAGAGGGGAGAGAAGCUCCUCAUCUAUGACUACCUCCCGAAUAGAACCCUCCAUGAUCUCCUUCAUGAGUCUAGAGCUGGAAGGACUCUGCCGAACUGGGCUAGAAGGCACAAGAUAGCACUGGGAGUGGCGAGGGGGCUCGCCCACCUUCACACGGGGCAGGAGACGCCGAUCACCCAUGGAAAUAUCCGGUCCAAGAACGUGCUCGUCGAUGAGCUCUUCGUGCCGAGGCUCAGCGAUUACGGGCUCGACAAACUGAUGGUGCCGGCGGUAGCCGAUGAGAUGGUGUCUGCUGCAAAAUCUGAUGGCUACAAGGCGCCUGAGCUGCAGAAGAUGAAGAAGUGCAACUCGAGGACAGAUGUGUAUGCUUUCGGGAUACUGCUGCUGGAGAUCCUAAUGGGCAAGAAACCUGGGAACGGGAGGAAUGGCGAGGGCGUGGACUUGCCGUCCUUGGUCAAGGUGGCGGUGCUGGAGGAGACGACGAUGGAGGUGUUCGAUGUGGAGAUCUUGAAGGGGAUAAGGAGCCCGACAGAGGAUGGGUUGGUGCAGGCGUUGAAGUUGGCGAUGGGCUGCUGUGCUCCCGUAGCAUCCGUGAGGCCGGACAUGAACGAAGUCGUGAAGCAGCUGGAGGAGAACAGGCCAAGGAACAGGUCUGCUCUAUAUAGUCCUACAGAUACCAGGAGUGAGAUAGGGACACCCUUCUGAAUCCUUCCAAAAGUGCUUGCUUUCAUUAUCUUCAACUAUAUUAACUCUACUAGUCCUUUCAAAGGAAGGAGGUGGUGGUUCUCCAUCGGGGAAGGAGAUGGCAGGUAUCUUGAUCGUUUGAUGUUGAUGAUUCUAGUUUCGAAAUAUAGCAACUAUAUUUGCGCAUGCGGGAAGAAUUAAGGAAGUUUAACUUUAUCCUUUGAUGAUUUGUAUUGGUUGGAAGAUGUUCGGAGCUGCAUUGAGAACUUCAUUUACUUUGAUCAUUUAAUUUGGAACUUUGUUUUGGAGGAGUUAGCCUUUGAUAGCUAGGGACCAGUAGUGAAUUGUUAUCCAGAUAUCGAAACCAAAUUUAUGGCAUAAUAUGUACUGUUUGGGAACCAAUAUAUAUGGAAAGUGACGUUGGAAAGCUUUGUCUA